AUGUCAACCACACUCACCACUAUCGAUGGACCUCCUUCUUGCGUCACUUCAGCUGAGCAUGCUGAGCUCACACAGACUACACCGGCUAGUUUCGAUUCGCUUCCGCCUAUUUGUCGCUUACAGCUAGAGCCAGUAAAGAUUGAUGGUCAUGCCGGAUGGGAGAACAUGUCUUUGAAAUUAUAUCUUACUGAAAGAGAAGUUGGAUUUUAUUCAGCUGAAAGAUCAAAGACAUUACUCGUACCAUAUCCGACCAUCAGUUUACACGCCAUCUCACGAACAGAAUCGGGGGCUCAACCUUGUAUUUAUUGUCAAUUGGAUGAUUGUUCAGAUCCAGAAGCAGAAGCAGAUGAAGAGCAAGAAGCAGUAGAAUUAAGGAUUGUACCCGAAGAUCCAACCCGAUUGGAGGAAAUUUUUGAAGUCUUGUCAGCAUGUGCAUCCCUACAUCCUUCCAACAUGCCACCAGAGGAAGACGACGGGUUCUUUGGAGAAGUAGGGGAUGUAGAUGAGAAUCUACAUGAUUUGAGUGAAACUGGUCGCGUGAGAACAGAUAUCUUAUCCCCUGGUUCUCGUUUCAAUCCUUAUUAG